CAAUGUUUAGUCAGGCACCAGCAGAGAGUCGCAGGCAGUGUGGCAGCUGGGAAUGUGAGCGUCUCAUCGCAGACCGCUAUUUCAGGACUGGGAACACACUACAGCAGCAGCAGGGCUGGCUGGGGAGAGAAGCUCUGCCCACUGCUGCACUCUAGCCAACAACACAGUGGCUCUGUUUGACGGGCGACCUUCGUUUUGUGUCCGGAGGGUGGGUGUUCUCAGACCGCUUCAGGUGGUCAGUGGACUGUCGCUGGUGGCUCACUGCGGGGCUGCGUGGUAGAGGGGAACCAACCGGAGCACCGUGUUUGUUUCCUGCUGCCUGUCUCUGUACCUCCUGCCUAGUGGGUCUGGCUGAAAUGCAGUGAAGUGUCAGGGUAAUAUUUAGGUCUCCCUGCGUGAAGAUCUCGUUUAAAUGUUCCUCUUCCACCGCUGCCAAGCUGCAGACGCCACCAACGAUGGACUGAAAUCUGCGGCGGGGGCGCGCGUCACACAACCUGCCGCGAUUUCCUGCAUGUAAAUAAAUAAAUGAUAGAGGAUACAAUGACCCUGCUGUCUCUACUAGGUAGGAUCAUGCGUUAUUUUCUGCUCAGACCGGAGACCCUCUUCCUGCUGUGUAUCAGCCUGGCUCUGUGGAGUUACUUCUUCCACACGGACGAAGUGAAGACCAUCGUCAAGUCCAGCCGGGAUGCAGUCAAGAUGGUCAAGGGGAAAGUGGCGGAGAUGAUGCAGAACGAGCGGUUCGGUGGGCUGGACGUCCUGGAUGCACAGUUCUCCAAGACCUGGGAGUUCAAAAGCAACAACGUGGCUGUGUAUUCCAUUCAAGGCCGGCGAGAGCACAUGGAAGAUCGGUUCGAGGUGCUCACUGACCUCGUCAACAAGACUCACCCGUCAAUAUUUGGGAUUUUUGACGGCCACGGAGGGGAGGCCGCUGCUGACUUUGCCAAGGCCCACCUGCCCGAGGCGCUCCGCCAGCAGCUCCUGACUUAUGAACGGGAGAAAGAGCGAGACAGAGAAAAAGAGAAAGAGAAAGACGAGAAAAAGGAGAGGGGCGGCCUGUCUUACCCUUCGAUACUGGAGCAGCAGAUCCUGAAUUUGGACAGAGCAAUGCUGGAGAAGCUCUCGGCCACUUAUAAUGAAGCAGGUACCACAUGUCUGGUGGCUCUGCUGUCUGAUAAGGAGCUGACGGUGGCCAACGUGGGAGACUCUCGCGGAGUUCUGUGUGAUAAAGACGGCAACGCAAUUCCCCUAUCGCACGAUCACAAACCGUACCAGCUCAAAGAACGCAAGAGGAUCAAGAAGGCUGGAGGCUUUAUCAGCUUCAACGGCUCGUGGCGUGUUCAGGGUAUCUUGGCCAUGUCCCGUUCCCUUGGCGACUACCCCCUGAAGAACCUCAACGUGGUCAUCCCCGAUCCUGACAUCAUGUCAUUCGACCUGAACAAGCUGCAGCCCCAGUUCAUGAUCCUGGCGUCCGACGGCCUGUGGGACACCUUCAGCAACGAGGAGGCGGUGCGCUUCAUCAGGGAUCGACUGGACGAGCCACAUUUCGGCGCCAAGAGCAUCGUCCUCCAAUCCUUCUACCGCGGCUGCCCUGACAACAUCACCGUCAUGGUGGUGAAGUUUAAAGGCAGGGCUGGCGAGAAGUAGACCACACACAUUAUCUCUAUAAUGUUUGAAUAUAUGUAGAAGUAAAAUAAGUUUAAGAUGAGAGGUUUUAAAAGAGAGAUGAAACUUUUUUCCGCGCAAGGACUAUUUCUAUCAUACAUUUACAACAAUGUGUCCUUCGAGGCGUCAAAACACACACCGUCCACUCUCCUUUACUUUUACUGAAAACUAAGAAAAUGUCUCUAAUUUAGGUUUAGAAAUGUUCUUCUGACACUUUAAUGCAAACUGGGUCACUGUUAUGCAAAAUAAACAGAUUCAGCUCUGUGCAGCUGUGUGUGCAUCCAUGA